CACAAAAUGGUACGUACCAAUCCCCUCAGCAAAGGUGACAGCCAAAGACGCUUCCCUGCCCGGUGCCCAUUUCUCUUCUCUCUCUCUCUUCCCUUAAACCCUAGAUUUGUAAAACCCAACCUUUUAUCACCAAUUUAAGAAUCGAGUGAGUUUACUCUGGGAAUAUGGAUGGACAACAAGGUCGUGAGAACCCUCUGAUGUCACUGAAUUCUGGUGGGAGUGCCAGUGAUUUCUCUUAUGACUAUGUAAAUGAUCCAAACCCACACUUUCCUAUGGCAGCUGGAAGAAGUGAGAACCAGCUUAGUCCCCAGUCAUUAUCUCAGUGGAUUGAUUGUCCCAAAACACCUCACAGUUAUGUUGAAUUUCUAACAGAAAAUCUUGAAAAGGUUCCUACUGCAGAAGUCUUAGAGAGCAUUGGUUCUCCAGUUGGCGGCAUCCAUGCCCUUGAUGGGAUCUCCGAAAUUCAAAGAGAAUUGCUGCAUAACAAUGCAGGAAAGGCUUUCGGCUCUCAACCUGACGACUAUUCCCUAGAGUCCGAGCAUGGGAAGUUAAAGCUAUCUGCCUACACUACCAACAGCAACAAUUGUGAAGCUUCAGCAAGCGAAAGAUUUUUGAGGCCACAUGAUAGACUAUCUGUGAGCAGAUUUUCAAGCUCAGAAUAUGAGUCCCAUGCACAGCAAACUCAUACUUUCUGGAUGCAAGAACCAAAUGAAAAUGAUUGUAAUGUUUUUCAACUUCAACCGAAAGAAACCAUUUCUGCAUUUAGUUUCCUGUCCCAACCACAUUACAGUGUACGCAAAUCGAGAGCUUCUGGAAGUGAUCGUCAACGCAGGCUACGAAUUGCUGAAAGUAUCAGAGCAUUGCAGGAACUGCUUCCAAAUCCUGUAGAGCGGGGUCAAGCAACUGCACUGGAUGAUAUUAUUGACCAUGUCAAGUUUCUGCAGUUGCAAAUGAAGGAAUUAAGUCGAAGCAGAUUGGGAGGCGAACCAACUUCUAAUCCUUUCGUUUUUCUUGAGGGAUAUGGUCACUAUGCUCUCCAUGAACAGAUGAUGAACGAACCUCUUGAAGAGAUGAUGGGGAAGUUACUAGAGAUAAAUCCGCCAGCAGCCACUCAGCUGUUAGAGAGCAGAGGCCUUUUCAUGAUGCCCAGAGCACUGGUUGAUGGCUUGCACAGAGUCUCGUAGAUAGUCCAUACUUCACUGCCCUGCCUGCUUACAAUAGUUGUUACUGUUCAAUUACUUUCAUGGUGAAAAAUACGGGGUAACUGCUCCAACUAAAGGCUAUUAUCCAAGUUCCGUUUCUUUUGUAGAAAAUAGAGCCAAACUAGUACUAGUAGUUUCCAAAAAUAUUUUGCAGAACAACGGCUGAUGUUGAUGUGUUUACACUUGCAUGUUUGCUACUGAUUGAAAGGGACAUCUGAUUUACAAGUGGGAGUAAAAUUGACAGUGAUUGGAGCGCGGACUGAUUCUGAAACGGGUUCUUUUCUUUUGGGUCAGGGUCAAGAGUGGAGCAUGAGCGUCUCUACCCUAAAUACAAAAUCUCAUGAUUGUUGGUUUGCAUUUAGACUGUGCUAUUUGGGCCAAACUUUUGGCCCCGACACGUAGCAUUGCCUUGUUCAUCAAAAAAGGCAAAAUUAAUUCUCUUCAUGGGGAUUCUUUUGUUCUUCCAAGUCUUAAUAUCUAAGUUUUAUUGCA